UUAUUUUCAGACGUGUAAAAGGUUUUAUUUUAUAAAAUUUCACAGAUUUCAUGGAAAUAAGAGUAACGAAACGCCAUGGGUCUUCGAUUUUUCAUCAAUGCAGGCUUCCUCCUACUUCUGUGCACCGUGGCAGUGGUUCAAGUUACAUGCGACGCAUCAAUCGAAGGUGUAACAUCAACUGUCGCUCCAACUGAUGAUGUAGACCGAGAAUUGCACACUACAGCUGAAACUUCCGUUCAUGAAGGAAGGAUCGAUACGGCAGAAGCUGCUACCGAAGUUUCAGCAAACGAUCUUGCUGAAGAAUCCGGUCAAUCGCAAAAUAACGUUACAAGUGGCAGGUCUCAUGCAACAACUGAUGACCAGAAUACUCGUAUAUACACUAAUUUAAGUGAAGAAGAUGCCAUAGGGACCAAUUUUUCGGCUGGAGAAUCAUCUACUUUACCGUCAGAAAUUUCACAUGUUCCAGAAUCCAGUGAUUCAGCGUCAUCAAGUUCUACUUCAACAUCCACUCCUUUAACAACACCUGCAACAACUUCUAGUAUCGUAUCGUCAUCAUCAUCAAACCCGACUGAACGAAUCACAAUAACAACAACUUCAACUCCGUUGAUAACGCCGGUUCCGAAUCAUUCAACUUCAUCACAGUCGCCAGCCAUGAGCUCCGAAUCGCCGUCUACAGCCACAUCCUUGACAGGUGCAGACCAAACUUUGACGUCAUCCUUACUUCCAGGCUCCUCCACUGAGCGAAUGGAAAUAUCCACAGAGCCAAUGGAAUUAUCCACUGAGCCACUGGAAGUAUCCACUGAGUCGUAUCAGCAUACAGGUGAUGAGCGGUCUCUGACGCACACAACUUCCGGAGCACCAUCAGGAGAUGCGGCAACGAGUGCGGCCAGUGCUGCAAAUUCUUCCACUUCCACGACACUUCAAUCAAACUACACAGAUGAAAUUUCUACUAACUAUAGUCAUCAAGCAUCUAAUUCCAGUGGAGGCGCAACUGAAGCCAGAAUUUCAAGUCAUCCAACAUCGCCUAGUUAUGCAGAAUCAUCCAGCGAUAGUGUGACGCAUAUUCCUGAAUUGAUACCCAACGCAAAUGGCACAAAUGGUGGAAAUGUAACAAGCUAUGAAGGUGGCACGGAUAAUGUAAGUGACACGAACGACUAUACUAGUCCAACAGACUUAGAUGACACGAGAGCUGCAACUCUGAAGAAGUCAAACACUGAGGACUUCGGCAAUUCAACGGCUACUCCACCUGCAGGCGAACGAGAUGAGAAAGUAACGGCAGAUAACAAUGACGCACUCGCUCAUCAUUUCUUCGCCGUAACCGUGACCUCAGCGUUCGUGAUCAACGCAGCGUUCUUCUUAUUAACGUUGUUCUGUGUCUACAAGAUCGUCAAGCGAUACCACACUCGAUCCUGGAGUCCGCAGCCCGUUAAAUACCAGGCGGUUGACUAUGGUAUAUCGAUGGGCAGACAGAACAUGGGCUUGGAUCUUUCCCCAGAAACCCACGGUGGCGUGCCAGCUCCACCAAAGGAAACUCACCACAAGGAUACGCCUAAAGGAUACAAGGAUACGCCUAAAGUUCCUAUAACGAUCACCAACGAGGAUGGUUGGUGCGUUCCGUACGCGGACGACAUCAACGACAAUAAUUCCAACGCUGGUCCUGCUGAUCGUAACAGCCAUCAGAUGCACGAGAUGAACAAUGAGCAACGAGGACGAGCACACUAAAUGAACUUAACAAAAACUCUGCAUUUAUAUGGUCUAUGUGUGGUCAUAUCAUUAUUAAGGGAAAUGAAGUUUCAGGUCUUAACAUAAAUAAUAUGUCGAGAAAUGUUACCACAAGAAUCCCCAUAAGGUUAUGGUCGUAUUGAUGCUAGAAAUGCGGUCACUUUUCUUCUUAACACUCAGUUCUUUUACAGUAGGUAUGACACAAUUUUUUACAGUAAAUAUGAUGGAAUAAUCUUUUAAAUUACGAUACAUCAUGUAAAAAUAUCAUUAAUCUUUAGGGCAAUAUAAUUUUUGUAAAAUUUUAACGUUUGAACGGUGCGAUGUAACAUUUCCAACAUAAUCUUCUGUUGACGAAGCGUUAUAAUUGAAUACAGCCCAUGAGGCAAAUUUUAAUCGUAAACAACAUUUCAAUUGGAAUUGGAACAAGAACAACAUUCCAAUUGUGUAUUAAUAGGACGGGUGCAAUUGGUGAGGUACAGAAUGUACCCCACACUGCAGACGCUGCUGUGUGCAUCUUGUAAUUACAUCACGCAAUUCAAAAUUAUGAUGCAAAUAUUAAAUCAUCAUUGAUAAGGAGCUUAUGUCCACUAUACAUUGUGUGAUUCAAAAAUUAAUUUAUCGCUAAUUAAUGGUGAAAACGAUGUUUAUACGAGCUUUUUUCAUAGUUUUCGCUAAAAAUGGCACGCCUAAAUAUAUAUAAAAUUGCCGUCCUCACAUUCACGCAAUACGAUAUCAUACUACGAUAUUUUCAUAUUGAUUUCACCAUCAACAACGCAGGUGUGAGAAUAAUAUCUUGCGCAUGGAACUAUCAGCAUUUCCAAGAAAUCUUCUGCUGUUAACAACUGCUAAAAAAUAAUCCAGAUAUUCGGAAAAAAUAGUAAAAGUUACGUAGAUGUAAUCUGACUAAAAACGUUAAAAAAUGAGUAGUAAAUCAAGGCAAUUAGCCUGGCUAAACAAAAAGUAGGCGGUAAGGUAGACUUCAUUUAAAAGAUUUUCCAUUAAAUUAGCUGAUUAUAAAUAACAUUAAUGCUAUACAUUUGCAUCGUAAAUAACCCAAGUGAUUUUGAGAAAUAAUCUUCGCUGGACGAGUUUUCAAACAACUGCAGAGAUUCAAGCACAGCAGCACCAACUACUGUAUGCAACUAAUAAUGGAAAUUAAAGAAAAAAUUAAUAUAUAUGUAUAUAUGAUGUUACAG